UCGCCCUGCCAAGACGUGCAACGCUAAGGCAACGCCCGAUUUAAAGCUUACGUUUAGCUUACGUUACAUUAUACAGUGUUACGUUAACCAGAAAAAGCGUGCCCCCUUUUUGGAUAAUAAAAAUAAAAUUAGAAAUAUUUUAUUAUCUACCGGAAGGAAGGAAGUUAUAUGUCGCGUGUGUGCACGCGUGUGUUGUGUGAGCCAGAAAUGAGUUUCGAUUUCAUUUCGGCCUGAACGCCAAGAAAUACUCCAGAAUAUUGCAAAAAUAAUUAUAUAUUUAAAUAAUAUUUGUGAAUGGGGAAUGUGCUUAAUUGGAAUUAUCGAAAUUAUCGGUCAAGCACGGGGAUAACCACUCGACGAUACCAAUGUCAGCCGAUAGCCGCGCCGCCAACUGAAUUUUAGUUUACUGCUCUGAGCCGGCAGUAAAUGGGUUAAAAUUAUGUACAUUAAUCGCCGAAUGAAUGUCGAAUCAGUUAGAGAGACUGCUGUUUUUUAUUGUGGUGAUUUCAGGUGCAUUAUGUACAGUAGAAGAUUUCGUAAUAAUGUCACAGUGUGCACACAACAAAGCCAUACACCUAGCUGCGGAAGGAACAGUCUCAGUGACAGACACUUCACAGAUCCAAAAUAUAACGAUAUACGGCUACACGGAUUAUCUGAACAACAAAUUCAAAAUAGCACUGUACGCAAAAGAAACACAAAGAUAUUUGUGUUUCAACGACAAUUGGAGAUUAGUUGGAAUGAGGGAUCUGCGAGAAACCUGCUAUUUCAAAGAGGCCCUCGUCCACGGUUAUUUCGUGUUCAGUUCCCUUGUCGAUGAGAAGCAACGUGUCGGGUUCACGCGCCGAGGUAAGCCUGUGGGUCCGAAGAAGAGCCUCAACGAUGCCUGCUACAUGUUCAAUAAGAUCGAUGCCGAGGAGUUUUUCCGCCAUCACCGAUUGCCCGAAAGGAUGGUUAAUGCUAGCAGCAGCGGCAAUAGUCGGAAGCCCCCGCGCAACAACAAAAACAAUCGCCACAAAUCGAAUAACCAAAAUCAAAAGUUGCAGCAGCAACAGGAGCAUCAUGGCCAUAAUAAUAAUAAUAAUAAUAAUAACGUUAUUCUUAAUAAUAGUAGUACUAGUCUAAGUAGCACUAACAAAAAGCAAUUAGCAAUAAACAGGCAGAAGCAGCAGCAGCGGCAGCAUCAGGUGCGGCAUCAUCACAAUGAUCCUUCGCUGCUGCUGCGACGACAGCAACACGAAAUGAAGCAGAAGCGCCGCAAGCAGCAGAAGCAGCAACACGAGCAGCAGCAACAACGAGCAACAGCUAGUCCUGCAACAGCAGCAGCAACAGUUCCAGUUGCAGUUGCAGUCACUUCACCAACAACAACCAAAUUGUCAGCAACAACACUGAGCAGCAGGCGCAAGGGCAGACGAAGAAAGGGCAAGGCCAAAAUCAAAGCACACCAGCAGCAGCAACUUCUGGCCACAUCAGCCACAUCUCCGUACACAGACGACUCUCUGUUCAGCAGCAGCUUCAGCAGCACGGGCUUCGAGGAUCCGGACAACAGCAGCUCCAGCCUGGAUCCCUGGUCCACCUGGUCCACCAUCGAUGGCUUUAGCAGCAGCAGCAGCACAACGACAGGAACUGAUGACAGUAUUAGCAGCAGCAGCAACUACGAGGCCUGGGCCACCUUCAUCAGCAACCAGGAAAUGGAGGCCUCCUCCAUAUCCUCCUCCUCCACAACGCCGGAGAUGAUGGCUGGCAACGAUACCGAGUUGCUGCAAUACGAGCCCGAGUUGGUGGAGGAUACGGACUUCGUCACCGAUUCCGAAGCUGCAGUCUCGACAACAUAUGAAACCAAAGCAACAUCAGCAAUAGCGGCCACGGCGGCCACAACUACCUCCACAACGGGCUCCCAGCUAGUGCUAGAGCAGACGCCGCUGGCCAAGAGCAAGGCCACUGUAAGAAGCACCACCAUUAGCACGCGAGUCACGCCGACAGCUGCCGCCACCACAGGUCAGACUGAAACUUCACAGAGCAUCAGCCAGUUAAAUCCCGGCGAGAAUGAAGUCAAGCCCCGCACUUUCCUCUGGACAACACGAGCUACUGCCUUGCAGCAGUCACCGCCCAGCAGCACGCCAGCCACAUUCUCCUCCACAUCCUGGACUACACCGCCGCAGCAUGUGGCUCCCUCGCUGUUCAGCGUGGACAAGAACAUCAACAGCAACCUCCAGAACAACACUCUCACCGAGGCCUCGCCCACGACAGCCACAACGGGAGCAACAGCAGGUGGAGUGACGACGCCCACUACACUGAGAAAACCCCAGCGGAUGUUCACCCGGCGGCUGAUGGCCACACCAUUCCAUCGGCUGGCCUAUGUACGGAAUGCUGGCGGAGAUGUGGACAUUGACAACUUGGACAAUAUCAGUGUUUAUCCCGUGGAGUACGAUGGCGAUCUGGAUGGGAAUGGCGGGGGUAGCGGUAAUAGCUCCGAUGGCGGCUUCACUGGCUUCCUGGCCACAUCCACCACUUCCAAGCUAACGGAACCCAUACGCAUUGGGAUGAAGAAGAUCCGACAGAAGAGCACACUGUCUGGUUUUGGUCACAGGAGAAAUGCGUAGUAGUCAGAGAUUGAGGAAAACUUGGCCUAGAAAAACCUUUUGGAGAGAUUAUUUUGGGCUUUACAUUCACAGAAAGUCUUUGUAAAUUUUCUAAACAUUUCAAUAAGAAAUUUAAUAAAUUUUUAUUGAUUUUAAAAUGCAUAAAAAUGUAUUUGUAUUUAAAUCUCGAGAUAUUUCUUCAACACUUUUUAAAUACAAAGGGAAAUAUAUAUUAUCAAAAAAUAAACUAAAGUCUGAUGUUUUGAUCAAAAUCUCUUAAACAGAAAGCUUAAACUUAACCUUUACCGCACAAAGAAUACCCUGUGAAUGUGAAAGCCCCAGAAGAUCCUCGAAAGAGACACCUAUACUCAGUACUCAGUUUGCAAAUGAAUUUAAGCAAAGAGCAAAAAGUACGGAUAAAUAUUUCAACUUUAUAAUGAACUGAUACAUAUAUAUAAACACACAUAUAGAACUCAAUGUACCAUGGAGUUGCUUACUGUUCAGUACCUCGACUCAGACAGGACUUUGCACUUGCACCGCGCCUCAAAGCACACUACGGAAGCUAAAGCGUUAAAGGGAAGCGGAAGUGAAAUCAGCACCGGAAGAGAGCCAGCGAUAAACGAUAACUCAGGCCGCACUUCAUACAGUACAGUGAAGACUCUACCGCAGGCCGCAGGGACGGAACUCGCAGAACUGCUACAUAGUUAUAAAUGAAAAGACAAUAAGAUUUUUAUUUACGAGUAUGUGCUAUAUAAACUAACAAAAAAAAUUAAAACGAAUAACGACCGAUGCGAGGAAUAGCUAUAACGAUAAUCGAUAACAAAAUGCUAAAAAUUGUUGAAAUGAAAAUUAAGAAAGCGACAUUCAAGUGCAAGCUUACGUUUCGAAUGCACUGAGAGCGUAAUAAACUUUUGAUUUACUAAACCAAUUAAAUUUAUUAGCAAUGAGAAUUAAUAAAAAUACAAAUGCAAACAAAAUCGAUAUAUAUAUAUAUAUUAUAUAUACAUAUAUGCAUAUAUUUUCAAAAUUUUAUAAUGAACCAAAAACAAAACCAAUUAGCAAACAAAUUUAACAAAUCGAACGGAGGAUGAGUGGAGACGUUUUUUAAAUUCAUACGCAAGCAGAAACUAAGAGAGAGUCGGUAACGAUAACAAAUUCGCACAGCAAAACACUUCCAAAAAGGUUAAAACUAAAUAUUAAACAAUUUUACUAGGCACAAGCGAUCGAAAUUGGACAAGAUGGUAAGAGAGAACGCAAAUUAAGAGAAACUCCAUUCAAAAUAAACCGAAUUUUAUAAGCAAAUACAAAAAAAAAGGAGAAAUGUUGUUGCAUGAAAAUUGAUUUUAGGACACUGUUUGAGAGCAAUAUCCAAUUCGAGGGGCAGGUGGAAACAAAUUUUGAAUAAAGGAACCUUUUAAAGAACUACUAACGUAUGUAUCCCGAUAUGUACUGCAACAAAACACCAAAAUUCACACUGAAUAAGCAACGUUAUAUUUAUUAAUUGAACGAAAACAAAAACUAAGAAACUAAACUACAAAUCGAAUCAAAAGAAAACAAAAGGUAAUAACAGCAAACAAACCAACUGCUGCUUUUCUACAUACCAGUAUAUAUAUAUACAAAUAUAUAUAUAGACACAAGGAUAUGCAAAAAUUGUUUCUCAUAUAUUUAUAUUAAUAUUUAAAAUAAAUAGUUCAAACAUAUUAGCAAACCAAAUAUGCGAAAUUAAAACAAAUUGAUGAAAAACAAAAACGAAAAAACAAACACAGACAACUGAAGCGUCAAGUUUAUAUGUAGAAAUAUGUAUGAAUGUAAAUUUAAAGUGAACAAAGAUAAACCCAAACAAAAGAAAAGAAAAAGCGAACAAGGUAGAGCGAGAUGCUUAGGUGAAAAUUUAAUUAGUGUGUACUUAAGACAAGAAACCAUUUAACAAUUGAACGAUUAAUUAAUUACUUAACUAGGCAUUGAAGCAGCACUCAAACUAAAUAAAAGCCGAAACCGAUACCGAUACCGAUGCCGGAAACCGGAAACGAAACCGAAACGAAAUGAACUACUGUACUUAUACAUAUGCGCGUUGCUGUAAUAUAAACAAAAUUCUUAUGUUGAAUCGAAACGGCGAAUGGGGAUGACUAUAUCUACCAACACAGCAGAAACUAUUUAUUUAAACCUAAACAAAAAUAUAUAUCGGAGCGGGGACCGAUUCUCAUUUGUCAUUUGUAAAUUCAUUUGCACUUUUCUUUGUCUACUAAUUACGUUUAAUUAAUGGAUUAAUCAUACGCCUAAGUUAACCCACUUCUACCAUUGUAAAUUGUAAUAUGUUUUAUUUGUAAGCCGAGCAUUAAAUGUAAUUAUUUAUGUAUAAACGCAAGAUACACUCUCUUUCGCCCAUCUCUCUCUCUCUCCUCAAGUCUGUCUCCCCCUCUCUCUCUCUCUCUCUCUAUCUCUAUUAAUCUCUAUCUUAUAUAUACGAAUAUAUAAACGACUAUUUAAUUGCAUUUCUUUGUAUUAAAACGAGUAACAACAACAACAAAAAACACACACUAGAAAUUGAA